UGGCCAUGACGUACUCACCUACACAGCGUUGAUCCGUCUUUUUUCACCGAUUGCCUCUCGCUAUAUAAGAGCGCCCUACUCCCUCAAGCCUGUCCACUAUCACCUCGGUUCUUCAGAUUCGCAGUCUCUUCACACAAUCGUCGCUCUCGACCCAUUCGGACAACGACCUUUUCGACGACUUUUAAACGAUCGAAUCUUGCCAUGAGGACUUCCACCACUCUGCUCGUAUUGAGCGCCGCUGCGGGCGCUGUUCAGGCCGUCGACAUCUCUACUAUUGAAUCUUCGGCUCUUGCUUUGCUUUCAUCAAGCUGCCGAAGUGCGUAUCAGAACCUCACUGAUGCCCAAUCGGACAUUGGCAAGUGCUUGAAAACUCAAGCCAUCGGCAGUAUCUUGCAAAGCAAGGGCUCCAUCAUCCCCGGCGUCAACUCCUACCUCAACAACAUUUGCGCCGACGACCCUUGUUCUUCCGACGCUCUUGCCAACGCCACUCAGACUAUCCAGACCGAGUGUGCCAGUGACUUGACCAAGUACGGGUGGACCAACGAGACUGUUCAGUACCUCGUUUCUAGCUACCCCCUGGCUCGAGAGGUGUUCUGUUUGAAGACUACCGACCCUAACCAGUUCAACGCUUCGCUCGCCUCCAACGCCACCUCUAGCAACUCUACUGCCUCUGGUGUUUCUUCCAGCUCUUCGUCUGCUGCCGGAAACGCGACCGCGCCGGUCUCUUCUGCAUCCAGCGCGGUCGAGUCUGCUUCUAGCUCUGCCGAGUCUCUUUCCAGCUCUGUGACCGACUCUGCCACCUCUGCUGCCGCUUCUGUUGCCCGACGACAGGAGGCUUCCGACAGUGUCACCACUGCUAGCGCUUCUUUGACUGGCGACGACGCUUCCGGUCCUACCCCCACUGCGUCUUCAUCGGCUUCAUCCGUUAGCCAGUCAUCCUCAGCCAGCGACACUGCUUCCGUCACUUCUUCCGCCGCCGCCGGUGUUUCUUCUGCCAACUCCACUACCGCUGGUAACUCGACCUCGGCCGGAAACUCCACUUCCAACUCUACUUCCGAGGACACUGGCUCUUUCUGCGUCAUCUCUGUCUUGGAGGAAGCCUUCUCUUACUUGGGCUACAACUUGAGCGUCACCGACAUUGCCACCAUUGUCAUUGGGGGUAACGCUUCUGCUGUCCAGACUCUGUUGGCUAUCCCUCCCAGCGCCCUCUGCUCUGACUGCGUCUUUGGCGCUCUUGACUUGGUCGAGACUGAGCUUCCUGACUUUGGUACCUGGGUCACGGUCGACAAUGUUACUUUGAACAGCUACCUCGACACUACUUGCGCCGCCACUGGUCUUAACGUUUCUUCCAACGGUACUCUCCCUACCAACGUCACCUCCGGUACCUCCAAUUCUUCCUUCGGUCACUCUUUCGUGAACGGUACCGCGACUUACGUCCCCACCUCCACUGCCCCUGCCAUUCCUGCUGCCUCCAUCCUCGGCGCUUCCGGCAACGUGACCGUCGGUAACACCACCUUUGGUUUCGGCAACAACAUCACUGCCAACGAGACUUUCUCCACCUCUAUUGGUACCAACGGUACUUCUAGCACGGUCGGAGCCGUUGGAUCUGCUGCCGAGUCUGCUACCAGCGCUGCUGGGUCUGCUACCAGUGCGGUUGAGAGCAAGCUUUCUUCUGUGACUGCUUCUUCUUCUAGCGCUGCGGACUCUGCUUCUGCUUCUGCUUCCGAGACUGCCAGCGCUACUGCUGCCGUUCGACGAGCCGACCCUGCACUCAUCAAGGCUCGAUGGGUUGGUGAGCAGUAAGCGGUGAAGAGAGGAUUUGUAGGGACAAUUGUCCUGUUUGAGGAGGAGAGUAUCAUCUUGUAAUAGACAUCAAACACGCAUAUCUAGCAUUCACGUAAACAAAAGUGCUUCUAGGCAUCUGUAGCUAUUAGUACCACGCAAUCUGUCAAGUGCCAUGCACAUUAUAAUGCCUUCAAUACUCUGAUCAAGUUGACUAUCGAUGCUAGCGGUGAUAGAUGAACGGAUGCCA